GGGAGGAAACAUUUUUCGACUUUUCCUCUAAACCACCGAGUGUUAUAUGUAAGCAUAAAAGUAGAAAAGCAUGCAGAUGUGUGUUUAGAGAGAUCGAAUCUAAUAUCUUCGAAACUUAAGUGUGCGUGUUUUAUAUAGUUCCAGGGAUUCAUCAGAUGUUUAGAGAUGUUAAAUCUGUCACCAUCUGUUUAUCGGAACGCUGAUGACGGAGAGCGGACGGUCACCAGUAAGAAAGUAUAUUCGAGAAGACCUUGGUAUGCUCCACCCAUCGACCCUAUAGACCCGAUUGAUCCUUAUACAAAUUACGAUCAAGAUUACAAAUCGGAGCAGAGCGGUGACUACUAUGGACUUGUGGAAAAUGAUGACCCAGUAACGGCUAUCAACGUCGAGCCUCUUGGACGAUUGGAGUCGUCACCUCCCAGUCCAAAAUUAGAACAAACGCCAACAGCGCGGACGGUUCCCGAAUUCUCAAUCGCCAAUGGUAUCAAUUUAAGAGAAGCGGCACUCGUAGCACUCGGCGGCGCAAGCGCAGCGUUAGUACUACUCAUUGUGAUGGCGGGAGUAUUUUGCGCGCGCAGACGCAAGAACAGCCCCAGCCCUGUACCUUCCCCACCAAUACUUGUCUAUCCCCCACAUGACAUCGCUGCUUCAUGCUACUUAACGAAGGAGAUAAACUUUUCGCUGCCAACGCUGCGAUCGUCCUCCCUCGGCGAGUUGCGUGACGUCAGCGUGUCAAGUCUCAACAGUGACGUGCUUUGCCCGCCCACCAAUACGCAGUACCGUUCGAAUUCUUUCACGAAUACUACCGAUUUGGGAGUUUUGGAUCCAUCGCUUUAUAAAGCUGAUUGUCUAGUUGAAGACCAAUUGUGGCCUGAAGGACACGUGGGACGUGUGUGGUUCACGUUGAAGUAUGAAUCAGGAACCGAGCGUCUACAGGUGCAUAUUAUAAAGGCCAAGCAUCUACCUUCCCGUACACCCGCUCUUGCUAAUGCCUGCGACCCUUUUAUACGGAUUCAACUUAUGCCUGAUGAAAGGCGAGUGCUGCAAACGAAACAAAAGAAGAAAACUUGCAAUCCGUUCUACGAUGAGACUUUCGUUUACCAAAUCCCACCGGGUAAAUUGGAAAGUCUGACCUUGAAGCUGUCGGUCCUGGAUACCGGAAGAGUUGGUCGAAAUAAGCAGCUAAUAGGACAUAUUGUCCUACCACUCAGCGAACUGGAAGGAGUAGCUCCUGAUGAAGAACCCCAACUUUACAAGUUGGAUAUUGAAAAGGACAUACAGGAUCCGACGUCAGAUUUGGGAGAAGUACAAGUGUCAUUGCUGUAUAAUGAAAAUCUGCAUCGCCUCACUGUUACAGUAAUCGAAGCGCGGAACCUAAAGCUGGACCCAUCAUCAAGCAAGCGCGAAGUUGUCGCUCGUGUCACACAAGAGCGAGCGUGCCGUGGUGUAAGAGCACGUCGCACCGCUGCUGUAGAAGUUUCCGAGGAAGGCACAGCCCCCAUUUCCGAGUGCUUUCACUUCAGACUGCGGGCGGACGAACUACACACCACCAGCGUCACCGUGCAGGCUCUGCAACCACACUCCGUUUAUGCCAAAGAUCGUCUUUUAGGAAAGUUCGUCCUGGGCUCGUAUAUGUUCGCAAGAGGGCGCGCAUUACAGCACUGGAAUUCAGCAAUAUCAAGUCCAAUGGAACAAGUCAAGCAAUGGCAUCCUCUCACAAACUAGACAACAAUCAUGCCCAAUGACAACCGAUCUUUUAGACGUAAGUUAUAAAUACCUGAUCUCACGUAGAUGCCGUGUUUACGUUGAAUGAAAUUGUAAGUUCGGAAAUUUCGAAAUAACAUCAAAUUUUACCAACUUACAAAUUAAUUACCUUUGCCUGACAAAUAUUUCUUUCAGUUGUAAUUAUUACGUAAUAAAAAGAAAAAAUAUUGGAAUUCUGGUGAUAUCAAUCGCUGAUUAUUAUGAAACAUAUAUGUAUUUGUACGAUACAAAUAGAUAAUCAAGAGCUUCUAUAUUUUUAAAUGAUUUAAAUUAAUGACAAUUUAAUUCACAACAAUAUAUAAUUGUUAUUUAAAUACUAAAGAUUUCAUUAAAUGUUUAUCAAAUGAAAUAGUGUCAAAAAUCUGAAACCCGUUUCAUGAUCGUUAGCUAUCUUUUGGCAUAAAUGUCAAGGAUAAAUGUCAGGGUGUCUACGUGUGGUUCAAUUUUCUAGUCGACUACGUCACGAACAGCUACGACUUCCUAAUUGCCAGGCCGAUUUCACUUCAGGGCACGUCUCGGAGUGCAAUUUGUGCCAACGCAAUUCAUGCAUUUUGUAAUAAUUGGUUAGGUAAUAUAAUAAUCAUUAUAUUAGCAUUAGUAUGCCAUACUAUAAGUCAACACAUGUAUUUUUAAAUCUGAAAUAAAUUUAUACUCACAUUUUUGUCGAUCUAUACAAAAUUUAACUGAUAUUUAUUUAGUUAUUAUUUUUUUAAUCACUUAUUUUUAUUUUAGAUAAUUUUAAUCAAUUUAACACAUUAUUUACCACUUAUUGUUUGUGUAUCUGUAAUACUAGAAAUAUCUGUAUAAUAAUGUUAAUAUUCAACCUUAUUAAAUACUAACCCCAAUAAAUUACUUGAAUGCUUAGUGCGUUAUAAAUAUUAUUGAUAUACGUUAAGGUGGGAAUUUCCGUCUGAGUUUUGCUGACUAUCAGAUCCAGUAGAACAGAUACGGAUGAGAAAUCGUCCAAGCAAAAAAUUGAUCUUUCUUCUUGACUGCAUACAGCAUACGAGAUGAGUGUGCGAAUUGUGGGUGAAUGAGACAUCGUGUUAGUCUGCAAUUAUCUGAUCCGAUAACCUUUAAUACGAAUUCAACGUAGGUUUAUUUCAACUUUCAAUAUAUUUAAUAUUAAAAUAAAGGAAACAAAACCUUGUUAUAGUUUCCAGCACAUAUUUAAAGAGCUCGAAACCACGUAACUUUAUAAUUAAUUUCAAUUAAUGAUCAAACUAAUUACAUCAUAAAUAUAAACUCACAAUUAUCAUAUUGUUAUCAUUUAAUUAAAGUGUUAAUAAAUUUUAAAUGAAACUAAUAGCUGUUCGACGUAGUUGAUUAUAUUUUAUCAUUAAUAAUAUUACAAUAUCCGAUUAUCAUAUACUAAAAUAUAAUAGACGUAUAAGUAUUUAUUUAUUAAUACAUUUCUCGAAAAUAUCGCUGCUUAAGGACAAGAUGACUUUUUCGUGCAUCUAAUUUUAAAUAAUU